AACUUCAGUUUGAUGGCACCACGCAAACUGUCCUUAGCUGUCAUCCUGGCAGCUUCUCUCUUGAUGUCUUCCAGAAGCUCCAACACUGGAGAGGAAAUCAAUGAGACCAUCAUCUGCACCAAGGAUCUGAUUGAAGUGGAAAUCCCAAGUAUAUUUUUCCUGUCCAGGAAUCCUCCAAUAUUAAUUUCUGAUUUGCAUCUCAAUGAUCCAGAAUGUCAUGGCACUGAAGUAGGAAACCUCUAUGUGUUCAGGAUUAAGACCAACUUCACAGACUGUGGAACACAAAUGGAUUCAGAUGGUUCUUAUAUAAUUUUCCUCAACACUAUUCAGAACAAUUUCUCUGAUGUAAUCACUAGAACUUUCAUCAAUAUUACAUUUGCCUGCCGAUACCCUAUUAAUUACAUGGUAAAGCAACCUAAUGGCGAAAAUAAAAUCAGUGUUGAUAUCAGGUCCAUUACACUGAACACUGAAGAUGGGAACUUCUCUGUGUCCAUGAUGCUGUACAAGGACCAACAUUUUGAAGACAUGUGGACUACUAUCCCUUUUCUGACUCUAGAGGACAACAUAUUUGUCAAAGUUAAAAUGGUUCCAGGUAACUUCAUCAUUAGACUUGAAAACUGCUGGUCUACCCCAACAAAUGAUCCUGUCCAUGUUGUUCAGUAUUCCUUUAUUAAGAAGAGUUGUCCACAAACUGUAAAAGAUGAAACUCUGUCAGUAAUAAGAAAUGGAGAAGGAGAAGAAGCAAUGUUUAGGAUCCAAAUGUUCAAAUUUGUUGGCAUCACAUUCAAUCAUGUUUUCUUACACUGCACAGUUCAGAUUUGUCAUAGUACAGCCGAUACUUGCAAACCGAACUGCACAGAUGAUGAUAAUCUAAUCAGAAAGAAAAGAGAAGUCACACCUUUUUCUAAUCACAUGGUGUCAUAUGGGCCUAUCAAACGAAAGCUGAUAGGUAAUGAAGAAACUGGUAUAAAUAAAGGAAGAUUUUCACCACUAGAAAUGUUGGUCCUUGGUGGGCUUCUACUGGCUGUUUUAGUGAUUACAGGAGUUCUGGGAAACCAUUUGCUUCAUUCAAGAAGGACAUACCCUGCUAUGCAAGCACAGCUGACAAUGUCCCGUUUCCACCAUUCUGAAAUACCACAACAUUGAACAGUUACCCAAUAGUAUCACAGAAUCAACCCACAUUCCAGCAACUGAAUUGUAUUGUACUUUAUAAACAUUAAUUUGCAUAGGUUUGUAUUUUUUUCUUCAUUUUCAUCUCACAGGCCUAGGUUAGUAAGGAUAUUUAUCACCAUUUGUAAAUCAAGCUUACCAAAAGUGAGAUGGAAGACUAAAUAAUAAAUUUAAGUGAUCCUAUAAUACGUUGUUGAGUAGGGCCAUGUG